ACUGGCAGUGCCGAGCGUGGCUCUCGCCUGGGAAGAUCAGCUGGUGCCGGGUCCGGGAUGAUGGGGUGUCCAGGCUUCACAUGGCAUGUGUAUCUGCUCUUCAGCCUCCUCUGCAGGGGCAGCUUUACAGGAGGCAGCGGGCUGCCAGACAGUGACGAGUGCGCGGAGGGGACCGAUGAAUGUCACAUCGAUGCUAUCUGUCAGAAUACCCCGAAAUCCUACAAAUGCAUCUGCAAGCCAGGAUACAAGGGAGAGGGGAAACAUUGUGAAGAUAUCGAUGAAUGUGACAAUGACUACAAUGGAGGAUGUGUUCAUGACUGUAUUAAUAUACCAGGGAAUUAUAGGUGCACAUGCUAUGAUGGAUUUAUGCUGGCACAUGAUGGACACAAUUGCUUGGAUGUGGAUGAAUGUUUGGAUAAUAAUGGUGGAUGUCAGCAAAUUUGUGUCAAUACGAUGGGCAGCUACGAAUGCCAGUGUAAAAAUGGCUUCUUUCUCAGUGACAACCAACAUACGUGUAUUCAUCGCUCCAACGAAGGCAUGAACUGCAUGAACAAAGACCAUGGCUGCGCUCAUAUCUGCCGAGAGACACCAAAAGUGGGAGUAGCUUGCGAGUGUCGUCCGGGCUUUGAAAUUGCAAAGAACCAGAGGGACUGUACAUUAACUUGUAACUAUGGAAAUGGAGGCUGUCAGCACACCUGCGAUGACACAGACACCGGCCCAGUGUGUGGUUGCCACCAGAAAUACGCUCUUCACUCCGAUGGCAGAACCUGCAUUGAAAAGGAUGAGGCUGCAAUUGAGAGUUCUGAGUACAAUUCCACGUCAGUAACUGAUGUGGACAAGCGGGUGAAACGGCGACUCCUUAUGGAAACAUGUGCUGUAAAUAAUGGAGGAUGUGAUCGCACCUGCAAGGAUACUGCCACUGGAGUCCGCUGCAGUUGUCCUGUAGGAUUUACUCUGCAGCCCGACCAAAAGACUUGCAAAGAUAUUGAUGAAUGCCUGGUCAACAACGGUGGCUGUGACCAUUUCUGUCGUAAUACUGUUGGGAGCUUUGAAUGCAGCUGCCAGAAAGGCUACAAGUUACUGACUGAUGAGCGAUCAUGCCAAGACAUUGAUGAGUGUUCCUUCGAGAGGACCUGUGACCACAUUUGCAUCAAUUACCCUGGAAGUUUUGAAUGUCUCUGUCACAAGGGGUACACGCUCUAUGGGCUGACACACUGCGGAGACAUUGAUGAAUGCAGCAUUAACAAUGGAAGCUGUGACUCUGGCUGUGUUAACACUCUGGGAAGCUACGACUGCAUCUGUCCUUUUGGGAAGAGAUUGCACUGGAACAAGAGAGACUGUAUUGAGACAACAAAAUGUGUUCCCAGCUACAAGCCUGCCCCAAGGGCCCAGCUGGUUUGCAGUAAAUUAGGGGGGACUGAUAACUGCUACUUAUCCUGCCCAUCCAACACCCUCUUCCUACCAGAGUCGGAGAAUAGCUACACAUUGACCUGUGGUGUACCAGUGCAGCCAAACAAGUCGGUCCAGAAACGCAAUGCUACAAUACUAACCUGCACAGAUUCUGUAGGUCCUCCAAUCACCCAGAAGGCACGCUUUAAAAUAAAAGAUGCCAAAUGCCACAUGCGUCCACGGAGUAAAGAUAAAAUGAAAGAAUCUACAAAGCAACCAAUGACAGACAGCUGCCACGUUACAUUUGUGAACCUCAAAUGCGACUCAUCGAAGAAAAAGAGACGCGGCCGUAAAUCGCCUUCCAAGGAAGUGUCACAUAUCAUAGCAGAGUUUGAACUGGAGGUGAAGAGGGAAGAGGGAUCAGAUUCCUGUAAUUCGGACUGCAUACGGAAGAGGGCGGAACAGAAGCUGCAGGCUGCCAUCAAGACCCUAAGGAAGUCCAUAAACAGGCAGCAGUUUUACAUCCAGUUUUCUGGCAUGGAGUAUGAGGUGGCUCAGAAACCAGCAAAGAGCCCGGAGAAUCAGGAAGUGUGCAGCACCGGACAGGCCCUGCAGGAUGGGAAAUGCGUGACCUGUGGAGUUGGUACAUACUACAGUGGUGAGAGCAAUCAAUGUGUGCCAUGUCUGCCGGGAACAUACCAGGAUAUGGAGGGGCAGCUAUCAUGUGAGCCUUGCCCAAGUAAUGAUGGCUUGGGCAUUGUUGGGGCAAGAAAUGUCUCAGAAUGUGGAGGACAGUGUGCUCCUGGACAUUACUCCGUGGAUGGUUUUAAACCUUGCAAGGCUUGUCCGCUGGGCACAUAUCAGCAAGACGCUGGACGCACAAUCUGUUUUCCAUGUGGAGGCGGACUGGUGACCAAAUAUGAAAGUGCUCUUACGUUCCAAGACUGUGAGACAAAAGUACACUGCUCCCCCGGACACUUCUACAAUUCUACCACGCACAGAUGUAUCAGAUGUCCUAAUGGAACCUACCAGCCUGAGUUUGGACAGAAUUUCUGUGUCACCUGCCCAGGAAAUACAAGCACGGACUUCGAUGGUUCAACCAAUGUAACACAUUGCAAAAACCAACACUGUGGAGGAGAAUUGGGAGAUUAUACAGGUUACAUUGAGUCUCCUAACUAUCCUGGUGAUUAUCCAGCUCAUGUGGAAUGUAUCUGGAACAUCAACCCUCCUCCAAAAAGAAGAAUACUGAUCGUAGUACCAGAGAUUUUUCUCCCAAUCGAAGAUGAGUGUGGAGAUGUACUGGUGAUGAGAAAAAGUGCCUCUCCGACCUCCAUAACGACAUACGAGACGUGUCAAACGUAUGAAAGGCCUAUUGCAUUCACCUCACGAUCUAGAAAACUUUGGAUUCAGUUUAAGUCCAAUGAAGGAAACAGUGGGAAAGGUUUCCAAGUGCCAUAUGUCACAUAUGAUGAGGAUUACCAGCAGUUAAUAGAAGAUAUUGUGCGUGAUGGCAGAUUAUAUGCUUCAGAUAACCAUCAAGAAAUUUUAAAGGACAAGAAGCUGAUCAAGGCUCUAUUUGACGUCUUAGCACAUCCCCAAAAUUACUUUAAGUACACACCACCUGAAACAAAAGAGAUGUUCCCGCGAUCUUUUAUUAAACUACUUCGGUCAAAAGUGUCCAGAUUUUUACGGCCUUAUAAAUAGCUUUAUUUUAAUUAGUUGAUUUUUUUAUUUUAUUUUGUUUUUUUUGCAUUGUUUUUUUUCUCCCUGGUCAACCCAAACACUUUGUCCCUCCCUGUCAUAGAAACUGUUACAUGUGAAAGACUUUGUCUUCAUUCUUCCAUUCUUUUGGAGGAAAAAAGGGCUUUUUAAGAAAAAUUAUUUUAUGGACGCCGCUUAAUUUUUUUUUUCUUUUGGCUUUGGAAUUUUCCAGAAAAACAAAAGCUUCUGUUCUUCCAUAUUCUGGAUUGAAGACUUUCAAAGCUGCAGUAUCUUUACAUCUAUUAAAUAUGCAUGCUGCCAUGUACAAAAGUAUUCAAGCCAUUCCGUAGACGACCAAACCUCCGAGGUAUAAACUGUUAAGCAACGUGUUUUCUAAAAUUCAGUUUCAAGGAAGAGCAGACAAGACAAGAAAACUGUAGGGAAUAUGACAUUUUCUUCAAGGUCUUUGGAGGUCAUAAAAAUGGAUAUCAUAGAAAUUUAAAUGGCCUCUAUGUUUGACCUGGCAAAUUGGCAGUUUGUCUUAUAGAAAUAUCUUUAAGUAGAUGGAAUUACUGAAAAUGUUUAUCAAUGCAAUUAUCAGUGGCUACGUUUCCUGAACAUGUUCCUUUCUUCACCUUCCCCCCCCCCCCCCCCUACACACACACACACGCACACACUUUUUUUUUAAACCCCUGCUUACAGGUGGUGUUUUUUGUACCAUUCAAAUACCAACCCACUUAGCGGAUCCCGACAUUUUAUUGGUGAGAUCAUUGAGAGGCUCAUCGGCUUUUCCAUGUCUCCCAAUGACGCCCCGCUAGGCCUGCUCCCCUCCUCCUUAAUGGAUGAAAGACUAAGACCUCCUGGAAGCUGUGACAUGCAUAUCCCAGGAGGCACAGCAAGCACUGUGUACGUCAUUCACCUAGGCAAGUGACGUGUAUGGGAGAGUGGGGCCACAUAAAAUACACACAAAAAAGUAAAAAAGUUAUAUGUAUGUAGAGCAGGGGAGGAAAGGUGAAGAGAGGUCAAUUUUAUGUAGAGGGUGAAGAUCAACUUUAAAGGAGGACUCCCAUAACAGAUGCUUCCGGAAUACAUAUACAGUAUUAGGUUAUCUCCACUUUUUUGUAAUUAAGUAUCUGUGCUAAAGUUUCUCAUUUCUCACUCAGUCUUUUAGAUUUGCAGAUAAUCAACAUGACAGGAUAUGGGCGUGUCAGACAUUGGCUCAAAUUCAAUUGUGUUCAAUGAUGGGUGGGAUCACAGAGAGGCUUUCCUUGCUGUUAUAGGCUCCACACUUUUUUGGUACUGAUUUUUUUAAGAGUAGUGCUUGAUCCUGAAGCAUGGGGCAGAUGUAAAUUGAUAGCCGUCCGUGUAGCAUAAUGGAUGACCAAUGGUUUAUCUGGAGUUUUGUUUAAAGCAGUUAUUCAUUGUAUUAAAUAAGGACUUCCCCAGCCCCCUACAUAGCAAGGAUCAUGAAACCACCUACCACUGUCACAGAAGCUUCAUAUCCGUGAUGAAAUGUUGACAGAGUACAGAUGCCUCUUGAUCUCUCUGUGGCUUGCUAGUGCCCUAUAUUCCAAGUUCCAAUAAGCCGGCGCACAAUGUUGUUUUUGAGGUUUAUUUUUAUUUUUUUAUUUCAGUUGGUUUAAGAAACUACCUGCAAACAAGUAUUAUGGCAAGAGAGUGAAGUGUGUAGUAUAAUUAAUAUUUUAAAUUGCACUUGAAUUUUGUAUGUGAUGGUUAGGGGGAAUAGAUGCAUUUUUAUAUAUAUUUUUUAUUUUAUUUCAUAUUUUAGGGAUCUAAUCUAAACCAAAAAUUGUAAGGACUGUAUAGUAUUUUUAAUGUUCUGUCUGUUCAGUUGGACAGUGCAUCGAGUGACUUCAGUGCUCAAAGUCCAGUAACUCACAUUUUGGCAUUUCAGUAAAAGACAAGAAAAAACUUACCACUUGUGCAGAUUGUGCACCUGCACAAGGCCCCUCUGAGACCCCCCACCCAAUACAUAGUAAAUACGUUUUUGUGCUUGGGCGAUAAGACGAAUGGGGCCCCCAAAAAGUGUUCUUGCUAUCCGCCACUGACUGCACUUUCUGCCCUAUUGCAGAGCCUUUGUCAGAUGCUGAUACAAUAUCCAAAAAAAGCUGGCUAGAGAUCAUAUGCCAAUGUAUAUGGUGUUAUUUUGGCACAGUUGUAUAGCAGUUAUGCAGCAAAGGGGGUUCAUAUGAAUGUAAAUAAAGUUUGUGGAGUCCAAGAUUGUUGGCAGAUUAUCCUUGUGCUCUGCUGCUUAAGUAAACAGUCUGACCAUAUCCGUCACUGCCCACAAGGGCACUGACCAGUCUAUAUGCAUGUUAGGUGACAGGAGAUUCUUUAAAGGUAUCCAAAUGUUUAGCGCAAACAUAUUUCUAUGACCAGCUAAAUUCAAAUACUGAUUACAUUUUUUGGAGGGGCAGCCUUUUAUCUCCCACCAUAUAUUUACAGUUCUCAGAGACACAUGAAAGGGUUACAAAGCUGGACUUUUUAGGUGAGCUGCUGUAGUCACUGGAAGGAUCCACUGGUGGGUGCAGGAAGCAAAUUCUGUAUAAACCAACUCCUAAUGGACUCUCAAUAGCAAUAUAUGAAGAGUGCACUUCAGCAUGGACUAAUAAACACGUGGAUGAGAGGUCAGGCUAGGCCUGUUUGGUGCUUGGAGAUGUCUUUGCCAGGGCCCAGCUAUAAAGGUAUAGCAGUAGAUCGAACCCUGCUUGACUUCACCAAAAAGUGAAUAUGAAUCUUUAUAGUGUUAACAGAAUAUCACAUUGAAGUUGUUUUUAAGUUAAAGCCCAAAUUCAGCUGGUUUGUUUUGUUAGUUUUGCAUAGACUUGGGAAGUGUUAAUCCAUCUGUUGGUUUAAUAAUUGUUGGUGAACUCAAAGGGGAGAUUUCGCCUCACUUCCUGUUUUUUGACAGCACGAUAGGAAAUAAGUGGUUGUCACCGGCCUGGAACCAACUGUUUUUCGUGCAUUCUUUAUUCAAAUAGCAGCUCUCCACCCCUAAUCUCCUUCAACUAGUGCUUUAUAUUGGCUAUACAAAAAUGCCUGAUGCUGUAAAACGCUUGUAAUAUGCUUCUAAAAUGCUUCUAAAAUUCUUUGUAAUACACUUCCAAAAAUUCUAAAAACUCAUGAAAGUCGCUCUGCUCAGGUGUGAACGGAGCCUUAUUGUUUCCACAUAGCAAAAGAAGUUUCAACAUUUAGGGGCCUUAAGAAUCAUUUCAUCAUGGCAACAGUGACUGUUGCCCUAAAGAAAAUGUUCUCAAAACAGCCCACUUUUUUUGCGAUUUGGCAAGGAUAAAUCCAAUUGUUUGGAACUUUCUGGGUGUGUUAAUGACAUCAUAAGAUCUCUUCAGUCAGAUAUUGGUAAAUAUCUAAUGGCUGCUCCAUUGCUUUCUGUUCCUUUGUCUAAAACUAGAAUUAAAGUUUGGACUGUACUUGGACUUUAAAAGUCCCAGGAGCAGUCCUGGUCCUCAUAGGUAGGCAGACAAGGCUUUAAUGUUAUUUCCCAUGAGAAUGAGUACUCUAGAGGGCAGCGAGUCUGGACUCAUCCACCUUCCACCACUGCAGCCUUCAGAGAAGCCUUUAGCAUUUUAUACUUCCAGGAGUGUAGAUUGCCUGCAUUCCAUACCGCUAACCAUGGUUCUUUCCUUUGACAAUGACAUCACUCCACAGUUUGUUAUGUAAUGUUUAUCACAGAUGGUGAAUAAUUUAUCCAUUCUCAAAAUUGUAUAAGUCCCCUUUUGGGCCUUAUAUAGGUGUAUUUUAUUUGGUGUAGGAAAAAAAUCUUCAGGGGCAAUUUUACGUUUUUUGCACCCUAAAAACCACCGGAAAUCAGCUCAAGGGUCCAAGCACACUAGGCUUAAAAAAGCGCUGCUUCUACAGUUGUUGCAUUUCUCCUGCCUGUAGAAGCAGUUCAAUGUUAUCCUAUAUGUCCUUGCACAUUAGGAC